AUGGUUAACCGGAACUAUGGCACGGCCGACCCAACAGCGUCGGGGAACGAACAAACCAUUCACGACGAAGAAAGCCCCUUACUUCCAUCAGAAACCCCCAAUUCCAAAGUUCAACCAUUAGUCGGCGUCGGCACGAUCAUUGCGGUACUGCUAUUGGGUGAAUUCAUCUCCAAUGCCGACGCAACACUGGUCUUCGCGGCAUCGGGCCGCAUUUCCUCGGAAUUCGAUCGACUACGCGAUGCAAGCUGGUUAUCAACGGGAUAUACCUUAGGCCUUUGCGCCGCACAACCCAUGUACGGGAAACUUAGUGAUAUCUACGGUCGCAAACCACUCCUCUUGAUCUCGUACUUUUUAUUCGCCUUGGGAUGUAUUAUAAGUGGUGUUGGUUCCCAGAUGUGGAUCGUCAUCCUGGGACGUGCCAUUAGUGGCAUGGGUGGUGCGGGGACAAUGACCAUUAGCUCGGUUAUUAUCACUGACAUUGUUCCGAAACGGGAAAUCGCGACAUGGAGAGCCUAUGUUAAUAUUUCCAUGACCCUCGGCCGAAGUAUCGGGGGCCCGGUGGGAGGCUGGCUGAGCGAUACGAUUGGCUGGCGAUGGCUAUUCCUCCUGCAAGCCCCCUUCGUGGCCCUUGCAGCGUUCCUGGUGAUUCUAAAGCUUCAAGUGGCACAAGAUACCGACGACGCGCUGGAGAGCGGAAAAUCGAAACUGAGCCAAGUCGACUUUUUAGGAACAGGAAUUCUCGCAGCGGGGAUUGUCGCCCUGAUCGGUCUCCUCGAUCAAGGAGGAAAGGCCUUCCCGUGGACCUCAUGGCUGACAUAUGUCAUUGGUGGCAGUGGACUCCUGCUACUGGUAGCCUUCGUCCUGGUCGAGGCCUAUGUAGCCACAGAACCCAUCUUCAACUUGCGUAUCUUGCGCAGACCCAAUGUGGCCGUUAGCUAUCUCCUCAGUACCCUCCAGAUCACUGCCCAGCUCGGCAUGCUAUUCUCCGUCCCAUUGUACUUCCAAGUCACCCAAAAAGCAUCCACCACCGCGGCGGGCGCUCACCUCGUCCCUGCAGUGGUCGGGAAUACCCUGGGUGGUCUGUUUGCUGGAUGGUUCAUUCGGAAGACCGGGUCAUAUCGUAUUCUCCUGGUGCUCGCAGGGUUGAUCGCAUCCAUCACCUACGUCCUCCUCUAUCUGCGUUGGGAUGGACAUACCGGUCCUUGGGAAUCACUUUACAUCGUCCCCGGUGGCAUAGGUACCGGAAUUGCCGCUGCCGCUGCCUUCGUGGCAUUGACUUCAACAUUGCCUCCGGAUGAGGUGGCUAUGGCGACUGCCGGAUAUAUGAUGUUGCUCAGUUUUGCCAUGACGGCGGGUGUAACGGCGUCGAAUUCAGUGUUGGGAACGGAAUUCCAACGCCAACUUCGUCUAAAUCUGCAUGGUCCUGGGUCGGAGAGGGUUAUUAAACGUGCCAUGGACGACACCAAUUAUAUCGCCCAUCUCGGUGGUCGACUUAGGGAGAUUGUUGUGGAAUGUUACAUUUCAGGUCUCAAGGACACCUACGGUAGGUCUCUUUCCUUACGCAAAGCGUGUGAAAACUCUAACCUGUCGCUAGUGCUUUCGCUCGCGGCUUCUCUUUUAGCCGCGUUCUUGGGAUUGUUUAUUCGGCAUCAUCGGCUCUAA